AUGGUGAAAUUUGAAGGAGAUUUCAGUAUAAACGCUAUACUGAUGAAUCAUGCAGUUUCCAAGCCGCCGCCGUCGCCUGCGACGUCUUCUAACGGUGCUUCGCCUUCAGAAGCAGAAUUAAGCGAUUCGGAACUCGACGUCACCGGAACUGAACCCGUCGACUGCACAAAGCCCAAAGAAGAGGAUAACGAGAAGAAAGAUAAGAAGCACGAGAAGCCCGCAUACAGCUACAACGCCCUCAUCAUGAUGGCAAUCCGGAACAGCCCUGAGAAACGGCUCACACUCAACGGCAUUUAUGAAUACAUCAUGACAAACUUCCCGUACUACAGAGAGAACAGACAAGGGUGGCAAAACUCCAUCCGUCACAACCUGAGUCUUAAUAAGUGCUUCGUAAAAGUUCCUCGGCAUUAUGACGACCCUGGGAAGGGUAACUAUUGGAUGCUCGACGCGUCUGCCGAAGAUGUGUUCAUCGGUGGUACGACUGGCAAACUCCGUCGGCGGUCUGCGUUAAACGGACGAUCUCGACUCGCCUGCUUCAAGAGGCCCUUGUUCCCGGGGGCACCAUUGCCUGGAGCAUACCCGCCAUCGACGUAUUCACAACUCGUCGGACUCUACUCCCAAUUGUUGUACCAGAGAUAUGCGCCGAUGCAAAUGAAGACACAUCCAGUAGCCCCGAGCGCUAUUCACCCCGCGUUCCGAGGCGCUGAAGCAAUGGGAUAUGGUGGCCUUCCUUACUCUCCCGCCUUGUACGCGUCGGAGAGGUUAUCCGCGCCGUUCCUUGGCCAAUCGCCGCUCCUGCAGAAUUCUCCGGCGCUAUUAACGCAAACAUCACCCCUGCUGCCUGCAUCACCUCCGUUGAUGGCCCACUCGCCUCCAACAUCGGGUGCCUCUAGUCCAGAACUGCCGUCACCGUCGCAUCACCCGCUCACACCUCACAUCUACAAGCCCGUCACAGUUUUAACGAGGCAGUGA